CCGGCCCGGCUCCUUGCUCCGGGCUUCUCCGGGAGGCAUCCCAGCAGGCAGCCCCAGGCCUCUGUUUCCCCACGUGUAACAGGAGCCCCCUCGGCUCCGCCCCCUGGGCCGUCCUCAGCCAAUGGCCCCCCUUCCUCCCUUUCAGGGGGCUCCUCGGGGAGGAGGGGGCGGGGAGCCGAGCCCUGCUGGAGGGUGUGGCCCCAAAGCCGGGGAGGGAUAAAAGCCGAUCACGGCCCCAUUCCGGAGACCGUCGAGGAAGGACCGAGGCCGCGUCCGGACCGCUUCUGGGAGUGAAGCCCGUGGCCAUGGCAGUGCCCAGCGCUUGGCUCGUCCCCCUGCUGCUCCUGGCGGCCGCCCGGGCUCAGGGCCCCGAGGCCGGGGUGCCCGGCUGCUACCUGCACCCCAUCAACGUGACGGUGCGGAGUGACCGCCAGGGCACCUGCCGGGGCUCCCACGUAGCGCACGCCUGCGUGGGCUACUGCGAGUCGAGCGCCUUCCCCUCCCGCCACUCGGUGCUGGCGGCCAGCGGCUUCCAGCACAACAUCACGUCCGUCUCCCAGUGCUGCACCAUCAGCCGCCUGCAGAAGGUGAAGGUGGAACUGCAGUGCUCGGGCAGCCGGCGGGAGCGGCUGGAGAUCUUCACGGCGCGCGCCUGUCAGUGCGACAUGUGCCGCCUGUCCCGCUACUGAAGGGCCCCGGAGCCCCCCAGCCCUGUCCCGGCCCCGGGGGAGCCCCAAUAAACCGAGCAGCUCUGCAGUUUCUCUCUUUAUUCAACCCACCCCCAAGAGUGGGAAGGGGGAGCAGGGCGUGAUUGGUGUGGGACCCCCUCCCCAGGACCUCGGGAGCCCCCUCUCCCUGCCCAUAAAUAAAAAGAGGAAGAAGUUUUGCAGGGGGAGGGGGCACCCCAAGACUGAGGCUGGGGGAGGGCAAUAAAUAUAUCCCGGAGGCCGUGGGUUGGGCAGGGAGAGGGAGGGCCCUCGCGCUGGCACGAGGUGCUCCCAGGGUCCUGGGGAGGGGUCCGGGGUCUGUGGGGGUGACGUGGGAGGGGUGAAGCUACCGGAG